AUGUCGUUCUGUCGACUACGCGAGAGAGUGACAACUAGUCUGCGACUAGUUUGCAACUGGAUGGCCUGUCCACCCUGUGAUGCCCGGUAUGGUAUGCAGGUGGUCGUCCAGGACGGCGUGCUGUCGGCCAAGGAGCCCAGCGUGGGGGUGUCCCUGUGCCGCGGCGUGCGUCUGGCGCGCGACUGCCACGAGCAGAACGCGCAGUUGGGUCGGGGCGCCGACGGCCGCCUCUGGCUGCAGACCUCCAAGGCGCUGGUCGCGGGAGAAGAGCUCCGGGCAUGGUUCGCCGUCGACCUGCUGGCGGAGUUGGACGUGCCCAUCCUCACACCGGCACACAUACGAGGCCACCAGUCGUACGUGUGCCUGGGCUGCGGCGCCAGCUUUCCGCAGCCGAACCCGCUCAAGGCGCACCUGAUGCUCGAGCACUGCUCGGGAGCCUCUCCGCGCCGGCUUCGGCCUCGACGCGGUCACGUCUGCAUGUUCUGCGGGAAGUUGUACUCUCGGAGGUACGGGCUCAAGAUCCACGUGCGGACGCACACGGGCUACAAGCCGUUGCAGUGUCGCUUCUGCCGGCGGCCCUUCAGCGACCCCUCGAACCUGAACAAGCACGUGCGCCUGCACGCCGAGCUGGACUCGCCGUACCGCUGCAGCCACUGCGGCAAGGUGCUCGUGCGCCGCAGGGACCUCGACCGGCACCUGCGCUCCAGGCACGGCGCCGCACUGACGACCACCUGA